AUGGCUCCAAAAGUUGCAAUCAUCAUCUACUCAUUGUACCACCACAUUGCUCAAUUAGCAGAAGAAGAAAAGAAGGGAAUUGAAGCUGCUGGUGGUCAGGCUGAUAUUUACCAAGUUCCAGAAACACUUAGUGACGAUGUUUUGAAGGCAUUGCACGCCCCAGCUAAGCCAAACUACCCAAUUGCCACUUUGGACACUUUAACCUCAUACGAUGCUUUCCUCUUUGGUAUCCCAACCAGAUUCGGUAACUACCCAGCUCAAUUCAAAGCCUUCUGGGAUGCUACUGGUGGCUUGUGGGCCAAGGGUGCUUUGUACGGAAAGAUUGCUGGUAUUUUCGUUUCCACUGGUACUCAAGGAGGUGGUCAAGAAACCACUGCUGUUAACGCUUUGUCCGUCUUGGUUCACCACGGUAUCAUUUUCGUCCCAUUGGGUUACGCCAAGGCUUUUACCUUGCAAUCUAACUUGGAAGAGAUCCAUGGUGGAUCCCCAUACGGUGCUGGUACUUUUGCUGGUGGUGAUGGUUCAAGACAACCAAGUGCUUUGGAGAAGGAGAUUGCUCAAAUCCAAGGUAAAUCAUUCUUUGAAACUGUCGAAAAGUACCACAAGUAA